CCACGUUGCCACGGCACCAAGUCGAUCGCAGAAGCGCGCGGACGCGAGAACACGAGUCGCUUCGCGAGAGCAGAGGAAGCAGGAGCGAGAACAGGGGCAAGGAAGAGAGCAAGCUAGCGAUGGAAGGACUGAUCCCAUUCGUGAUCGACGUCCUCAGGAAGAGCCACGAGCGGAGCACCUACCGCAGCCUCUCGUCGGACGGCAGCUCCCGCGGCGGAAGCAGGCGUGACCUGAUCGACUACUCGGAACUGCCCGAGGCAGCGGACGACGGGCCGUCCGCCAUGCGUCACCGCCGCGCGCGGUCGGACUUCGUGCAGACGACGACGGGCGCCCGUCGCGCCGAGGAGCACGGCAGGCCGGCGGCCGUAGCUGCCGGGCCAGCUUAUCGCCGGAAAUGAAGGGAUGUAUGGCGCGAGAUUGCCGCUGCCUCUGAACUCCGGAGGAUGUGUGGUGUGGGGUGCUGGUGCUGCACUGCUCUAUAAUUAGUUGUCUACUUGAUUUGUUCUGUUUAAUUCGUUCCUAGCCAUGUAACUAAGCAAAGCUGCGAGCGUGUGAACGUCACAAGGCGCUCACGGUUCACUCGUAAGGUGAAAGUGAAACCUGUCAAUUCGAAUCCUGUCUGUCCCACUUGUUAGGGCCAACCGAACGAAGCUCUUUCUUUUUUUA